GACCCUACUGUGUAAUUCAUGGGUGAUAACAUAAAAGAGAAAUUAGCUGCUAGUCACUCUGAGGGAGCACAGGGUCAUAUCUUCUUGAAGAAAAAACCUCAUACACUGUGCAUUGAUUUUUUAUGUUUUCCAUGUUUUCUUCCAUGUGAAAAUAGUUAAUGAGGGCUUAUUUAUUAAUUCUUUUACUUGAAUACAGCUCCACGAAUCCCAACAUCAGUUUUCAAGGUAUACUGCUCCUCCUCCAAAGGAUUUUGUGGGAGUUGGGGGCUACAACCUCUCAGUUGUUAAGAUGGAUCCAGCAGGAGUGCAAGCUGCUCGACAGUCAUCCAUUGGAGAAAAGAAGAGAAGAAUAAGAUCUCCAACAGAACAACAGCAGCCUGCUCCUGCCAGGGGCUGGACUCAGAACUCCAAAAUGAAACCUCUUCCACUAAAAGCCAUAGAGGCACCUAACAUGAUUCCUGUUCCUGCAUCUACACCAGCGAAUGAACUGAAAAGUGUUCACAAGUUUGUGAUUCAGAAUGGCAAGACGAGAGUUACUUCACAGGACUACCUGGAUUUCAAACAGCAUUAUUGUCUGUCUUGGGGAAGCAUACUGACGUUAAUUCUGAAGCUGGAAGAGCUUCUCACCAAUUAUUGCGUCCCGAUUGCCUUCAUAGAUGGUGACAGACUGGCUGAUCUAGCACUAGUUUUUGAACUCGAACAAGAUCCAACAGUCGAGCAUUUCCUAACGUGCAUAUUGAAUGCGGAUGAUGUGGAAAAGAUUAUUAAAACGCCUGGCAGAAGAUACCUUGGUCCGAAAGGCACAGAAAUGGCAGCUAUAAAAAUACAGUCCACAUGGCGUAGGUACAAGGAUCGCUCGGCCUACCUUCUAUACCGGAAGCGGAAAUGGGCGGCAGGUGUUAUCGCAAUAUCAUGGAUUAUGAGCUGUAAAAUAUCCAUGGUGCGAAAACAGCUUAAAGCGACCAGAAAAUUACAGCUGAAAAGGUUCAAAGUACGCGCAAAGGCAUUUCAAGAAGCCUGGCCUCGCAUCAAGGAUUCAAGGAGAGUAGUAAUUCAUAUACCGUCCUUAGGAUAUGCCCAGCACAUUCGAGAUGAACUGAGUGAAAUAAAAAUUUUACAAAAUCUCCAAAUGGCCAGACUGUGCGACAUAGCCGAUCCCAAAGUCGAAGUUAUUUAUGUCAGUCCUGUGGAACUAAAUGACGAAGUCUACCAGUAUUACUCGAAACUACUGGCAAUGAAAGCGCGGAGACUGGACAAGAGCAAUUCCGAAUCCAAAGGAAAUGGCGACGAGGAUGAAGACAUUGAAAACCGCUACAAGAUCAUUGUGCCGGAUGCUGUAGACAGAUUCCCAACUCACAACAUGUGCCUUUCAUCCAUUCUAAAGUACAGUCCACGAACAGUGAAAAGGCUGAGGAAUUUAAUCAAAGGUCGUGAUGCAUAUAUAGUUCCUGGUGUCCUUCAUAAAGAUGACAUUUACCUGGCUGAUUUACUCGAUAUUCCGGUUUUGAGCCCAGAGCCCGAAGUGGCCACAUUAUACUCUACCAAGUCAGGAUCCAAGAGGAUUUUUCUUAGCGCAAAGGUUGAAAUUCCUCCUGGCCACUUUGAUAUAUACAGUCUUCCACAGCUUCACGAAAGUCUUGCUAAACUGGUAACUGAAAACCUCCAUAUUAAACGAUGGCUCUUCAAAAUGGACAAUGAAUUUGAUGGCAGAGGAACAGCAUUCUGUGAUGUUACGCCUUAUCUGAAGUGCUACUCGUGGGCCGUGAAAGAGUGCCAGCGGUACGGCGAGAAAUGGAACAAAAAAUGGGCUCACGAACCAACCUUGAUUAGAGUCUCAGCAGAGAUACCCGAGAUCAUGGCCCACCAUGCUACCCCAGUGAGUCACGACCUCUACCCUACCUGGGACAAGUUUCUUCAGGAUUUUCUUAAAAGAGGAGGAGUUAUUGAAGCUUGCCCUCCGUCUGACAGUGUUACAACUCUCAGUGUCGAUGUGUUAAUUGAGCCGACUGGGGAAACAACAAUCUUGUCCAUGGCAGACCAGAUUCACGCCACGUCACCGUUCAGAUGUUGGGGAUACUCUGUGCCCCAGACCUCAGUGGAUCCGCUAGUACUUUGCACGGCCGCUGAUGCUGUAUCAAAUGCCUGUAAACUGCGGGGAAUUGUGGGAUAUUUUUCGAUGGACUUUGUAACGUUUAUUGAUCCUAAAUCGCUGGGGCAGGUUGUGUGGGCUGUCGACCUGAAGCUGAGGUACAGUGACAGUAUGGCUAUGACAAAACUUAUGCUUUACGUGUCUGGUGGAGAGUUUCAAGCUCCUCAGUCAUCGUUUCUGGUGCCAGUUAAAAAGAAACGAGAAGAAAGCGGAAGGAGAAGGAGACGAAAAACAGUGGAGGAAGAGGAGCCACCGCCGAAUCCUAAUCGUUUCGCCAUUCUCAGCACCAGACUGCUGCACAGUAACUUGAGUGUGAUUCAUUACAGCGUUUUUUUCCAAAUGUGCCGUGCGCAUGGUAUUGGUUUUGAUAUGAAGGAAAAAGCUGGUACAAUUUUCACUUUGGUGGACAGCUCAAAACGAGAACAUUUAGGAAUGUUUGUUAUGAGUGAUGACCUACAAGGCUCCCUGUCAACAUUUGCUCGUAACCUGUCAGUAAUUCAUCAGGAAAUCUCCGCUCCAAAUAUGCAGGGAGAGAGUAACUUUCAGGCAGCCAUUGAUGACAUUGACUCCAUCUUGGGUACAACUGAAGAGAACAAACAAAAUCCUUCCAUCCCUUCCACGAAAUCUCCGCAACUGCACGCCCCGCGGCCCAAGGAAAUGCAGCGAAUACUCCAAGAACAUCAACAGCAAAUGCAUGCCAUUGAAAAAGAUAAAAAGGAAAUGGAAGAAGAGAAGGAAAAGCAACGACUUGCCGAGGAACAUAGGAGAUCAAGUCAGCUGGAGGGGAGGGUACAGACCGGUCAAAGUAGUGCCCCUCCUCCCACCCCUGCGGCUGCGAUGUCGCCAGUUGGCUCAACAUGCCUUAUAGAGGAAACACCAGUCACCACACGGGCAGCCUCUGUUGUUAGUGGAGUAUCGAAUGCGUUAACCUCUUAUGAGGCUGCUCAGACAUCCUCUGGGAACAACAUAGCAGCUGAAAGUGAGAAAGUUUCGACCAACCCACCCCAUCCCUCUGAAGAUGUUUUGAAUGAUGGUAAACCUAUUUCUGAAUCAAAGAAAGAGAACAAUAUUGUAAGAGCGUUACCCAGUCCAUCGGACCCGGCAUCUAAAGAUGAUCCUAAGGAGAAAAAAAGAGCUUCUUCUGCAAAAACGAAGACGAGUAGUAGAACAUUAUCCCCCAUGGAGGAUGGAAAUGGCAAACGGAGUAUGUCAGCCAAGAAGUAAUGUCAAAAUACAUUGGUUAUUUUGAUCGAUCAGUGAUGCACAGUUGUAUUUAUUUCUUUACAGGAUUAAAGUCGUGAAAUAAUUAUUUGACAGAUUUGUUGAUUUUCCUAAAGAAUAUCUAUGUGAGUUUCAAUUGAAAACAAAAGAAAG